AUGGCUGAAAAUGCGAAAUGGUUGGAUGCAUCGUAUUAUCAGAAUAUUCCGAAUUCAGAAGUGAACUGGGCACAACUAGCCCAAAAAUGGAUUCAAAUGCGUGAUGCCGGUGAAUUACCAUCAACAACUUCUGGCGAUUCUAUUCCACCACCACCAGCUGAGGACCCGCCACCACUACCACAUGUGCCACAGGCACCUGAUGGAUUAUCGGUAAAUGGAUCUUUUUUGCCACCUGGUGGGUAUUUGCCUACUCUGCCUGUUGAACCGAAUUUCGUUAAUGGCCCAUCCCCGUGUUGGAUACCACCAAUUCCACCAAAUAAUUUCGGACCUCCACCACCUCCGCCUCCACCUCCACCUGGUGCCGCUUUUCCACCUUUCAUGCCGCCAGUUCCACCAUGGAUGGGUGUCGCUCCUAUACCGCCCGGUUCAUUUCCUCCACCAGUUCCAUACGGUCAUGCAAAACAUAGAAUUGAUGAUGAAGAAGGAGAUGAGGCAAGUUUCUUGAUUCUUUUUAUUCGCAUUUUUCGUAUUUACUACUCGCACUACUUUAACGAAUGGGAUGAGAAACAAAAAGUUACUCGACGCGAUGAUUCGGAGGAUGCGGAAACAGUUCCCGAAGGUGCUAUGGCUCAUUGGCUCAAACCAGGUCCUGGCUGGAUCCCACAAAACUGGUACCAUCCGUCACGUCGUGAAUCUCCGUCUAACUCUCACAACAUGCCUUUUAUUGAUCAGCAGACUCGCAAAGCUUUGCCAGCUUGGAUUCUGGAAGGUUUAGAAAAGGCUGAAUUAGAAAGACAGAAGAAGUAUAUCAAGGAAGCGAAACUGCAAGCCGCUGAGGAGGCGGCCAGAGCACGUCGGGCUGCCAAAGGAUUGGGAAAAUUCGACUCUGAUAGCAGCGAAGAAGGUAAUGAAAAUGAAACCACAAGAGGAGCAACGGAAAAUUUGGAUGGAGAACCAGUAUUUUUGCAGAAAAUAAAGCAACAGCAAGAGCAGUCGACUGACGAUGAAUCAGGAAUCGAUUAUCGUUCAGAAGAAGAAAGGCGGGAAGAUGCACUCAUGCUCUUACGACGCUUCAUGACUGAAAUCUUGCUGGAAACAACAGAUGAUGAGUUGAACCGCAUUGCUAAGGAACAGUUUGAACUUGCUAAACGUUCUGGUACACUUUUUCAAUGA